AUGAAGAGUGAGCCAAAUAACAAUUACUCAGAGGUGACUGAGUUUAUUCUGCUGGGGUUCAGAACGUCUCCAGAAGUACAGAUUCUCUUAUUCUCGCUCUUCUUGCUAAUCUACAUGGUCAUUGUUGUGGGAAAUAUCAGCAUGUUAGUUGUCAUUAAAAUAGACUCCAGACUUCACACACCUAUGUAUUUCUUUCUCAGAAAUUUGUCCUAUUUAGAUCUUUGCUACUCUACAGUCAUUGCUCCCAAAACUCUGGCUGUUUUCUUAUCCAAGGACAAGAAAAUUUCUUACAAUUGCUGUGCAGCACAGUUCUUUUUCUUUGCUCUCUGUGUUGGGACUGAAGGCUUUCUUCUAGCUGUGAUGGCAUAUGAUCGCUUCUCAGCCAUUUGCUCGCCUUUCCUCUAUGCUGUACGUAUGUCUCAGCAGGCUUGUGUUCGUUUGGUGAUGGCAUCCUAUAUCUGUGGAUGCAUUAACUCUAUGAUACAAACAGGUUUCACCUUGAGUUUGCGUUUCUGUGGAGAAAACAGACUGGACCACUUUUUCUGUGAUGUCCCAGCCUGAUGAAGGUUCUCAUGUGCUGACACAUCCGUGAAUGAGAUUGUACUGUAUAUUCUAUCCACUCUCAUCAUCAUCACCACCACAACUGGCAUUCUGGUGUCCUAUGCUUCUAUCCUCUCCACUGUCCUGAAGAUUCCCUCAACCCACGGCAGGAGUAAGACCUUCUCCACCUGCAGCUGUCACAUCACUGUGGUGAGUUUAUUCUACGGAACUGUGUUCUUUAUGUAUGCCCAACCUGGGGCCAUCUCCUCACCAGAGAAAAUCAAGAUUAUAGCUGUGUUCUAUACUCUUAUCAUUCCUAUGUUGAAUCCUCUCAUUUAUAGUCUAAUGAAUAGGGACGUGAAAAAUGCUGUGAAAACGAUAUUGUUGAGAAAAAUAUCUUUUCCUUGA